CCUGUUGUUUUUGCCUCCAUAUUAUGCCAUCACCUAUUCCUCUUAAUUGUUUUCUUUCUUUUGAGUAUUCCCCCUCUGCAAACUUGCGCCCCUGCAGCAGCCCUUUAGUUAUCCCUGGCAAAGACAGCAAAUGCUUUUUGGGGGGAGCUUCCUCAGCCAGGACUCGCCGCUUGCCCUCACGCCUGUCCUGGUGCUCCAUUGACUGGGAGCAGCUCUGCCUCCUGCAGCCCUUAGGAUCUGGGGGCUUUGGCUCUGUCUACAAAGCCACCUACCACGGUGCAACGGUGGCCGUGAAGCAGGUGAAGAAGAGCAGCAAAAACCGGCUGGCGUCGCGGCAGAGCUUCUGGGCUGAGCUGAACGUGGCCCAGCUCCAACACGACAAUGUGGUGCGCGUGGUGGCUGCCAGCACCUGUGCCCCAGCCAGCGAGAACAGCCUGGGCACCAUCAUCAUGGAGUAUGUGGGUAACAUCACUCUGCACCAUGUAAUUUAUGGCACUGGGCAUGCAUGGAGACAGGGGGAGGAUGAUGAAGAAGGAUGUAAAAGGAAGGCCCUGAGCCUGGAAGGGACUAUGUGCUAUUCUUGUGACAUCAUGACAGGCUUAGCCUUUCUGCACUCACAGGACAUUGUGCACUUGGACCUGAAGCCUGCAAAUGUUUUUAUCACUGAGCAGGGAGUGUGCAAGAUUGGAGACUUUGGGUGCUCCCAGAAACUGGAGAAGGGCUCGUCCCAGAGCGCCCGCGUGUGCCAGCAAGGGGGCACGUACACACACCGUGCCCCUGAGCUCCUCAAGGGGGAGAGGGUCACUGCCAAAGCAGACAUCUACUCGUUUGCCAUCACCCUCUGGCAGAUGGUGACGCAGGAGCAGCCGUACCUGGGCGAGCGGCAGCACGUGCUCUACGCCGUGGUUGCCUACAACUUGCGCCCUUCGCUGGCUGCCGAGGAGUUCCAUGAGUCACCCGUGGGCCAGGCUCUGCACAGCAUCAUCAGCUGCUGCUGGAAGGCCAAUGCAGAGGAGCGUCUGCGUGCAGACCAGCUGCUCCCCAGCCUCAGGGCCCUCAAGCAGAGCCUCUAGGAAAACUCAGGAUUCUUUAUAUUCCUUUUGCUGACUUUUCUUUCUCUCUGUCCUUUCUCUGAACUUAAUUAAUUCAGCCACUGUGUGAUCUAAAGGUUUUGUUGCUGUUUUAUAUACUGGAAAAAAAUACCCCAAACUGUUUUGAUAUAGGAAAAUUAAAAAUAAAGAGAUUUGAUGACACUGUGGGGUUUUACCCUGGAAGGGGAUAGUGGCAAAGGUGAUGUUGGCAGACAUGAUUUUUUCUGGUUGAUGUGUUGUGUGCUGCCUUGCUCACUAGGAAAUGUGAUGUGCAGAAAAACUGUUGGUUGUAAGUAA